AUGGCUAAGACCAGGAAAUCCAAGAAACCUGCUGAAAAUGUUGCUACCGGCCAGCCCUCCAGCCAGCCAUCGACAGCAAUCGAACCCACCAAAAUCGUUGAAACAAUGCAACAGCCGGCUAGCAAACCGGCCGUCCAGCAUCCUAAUGCCACCAUUUCCGACACUGCCGCUGAAAAUGCGGCCAAGAAAACUGCCUCUUUUGCGGGACUAUUCCGCACCAACCGCAAGCUCACCAAAGAAAACAAACUUAACAAAUUCGCGGUUGACGAUGGUCCUCUCACCUUGGGGCCCAGUGACGUGCUUGACGUCCGAAGCAAAUUGGGUUUCUGCUUCAUCGGCUACAUUGCCGGCAAGUUCUCGGGACUAAAGGCGAUCCGUGCACUGUCCCAAUCUUGGGGAUCCAGCUUCCAACAGCACGAGAGCGGUUGGUUAAUUUUUCAUUUUGCCCGAGAGGAGGAUAGGCAGCGGAUUUUGGCCGGUGGACCUUACUUUGUAUAUGGACGUCCCCUACUUCUGAAGCACAUGCCGGAUUGCUUCGAAUUUAAAGAUGACGAUAUCAGCCUAACAUCGGUUUGGGCCACCCUCCAAUCACUCCCCCUUGAGUGCUGGCAUUCUAAUGCGCUUUGCAAGAUUGGUUCUAGGAUUGGCAGUCCCAUUGCCAUGGAUUCCCUUACGAUGAAAAUAGAAUGGGUAUCAUAUGUCAGAAUACUGGUAGAGGUUGAUGCGUCCAAAAAGCUCGUCGACCAAGUGGAGUUUGUUAUGCCAAACGGCAUAACCGGAAAGCAACCGGUCGUAUACAAGUUCACCACCUGA